UAAAUUUUAUGUUUUCUCACUUUUCUGUUUUGGGAAUCUUUUGAUUUCUCUGCUGUUGUAACUGCUGGCUCCUUGUACUAUUUUAUGAUUCAUAACCAUAAUAACCAUUACGAUUAUUAUCGCAUCUUGUGGAUAACCUGGUUUAGUAGUUAGUUGUUACUACUUGUUACCUAUUUAGUUUAUCUGAUUAUAACGACUCGUGGCGUAUUUGUUCCAGAUAUGUAGUGGCAAAUACAGCUGAUCUAUUCACAAUACGUCAGCGUAUUAGAUUGACCAACGACUGCAUCGUCGUUGUUUUUCGUGACUUCUAAAUUUAGCGAUUUGAUUGACUAGCAGACUUGCUGGUUGCAAACUUGCAAGUCUGGUCUCAGCUCAGUGACAAUUGUCACAAAAACAUUCGGGUACCGUUUGGUGGCUGGCGCUCUCUGAUAACUAACGCUUCCCGCAGUGCUGUCUUUGUUCUGAUGGAUGGACCACGCAGCAGCGACGUUGAGGAAAUUAUCGGCGAUGAAUCCUCAUCCAGCGUGCUGCAUGAAGCAUCAGGUGCGCGCGUGGACCGCGAAGUAUGCCAAGACGCACCGGGCAGCUUCCCUCCCGCACCAGUGACUGACUCGGGACACUUCAUCCCGCGUUCCGACGGUUUCGAUAUGAUCGCCGUGGCCUACAACUUCGAAAUGGCCCUGACGGAGCCCGACACUCGUAGCGAAGUGGGCAUGGACCACUACAUCCAGGCCUAUCGCGAGCUCGAGAGGUUCUUUGAAUUAAUGGGAACGAUAUUUGGCUUUGUGGGUGCGGACGUAAAGGACAAGCUGGACAUUUUGAGCAAGCACCGCAGCGGCGCGGAAGGCGCCAACUACCGCACCAUCCGCUUCAUGAUGGUUUUCGAAACAGGUGAGCCCUCGCGUCUGGAGCCCACCCGCACACCCCAGAUUUCACCGCUGCCGUCCGCAUCCCGCACACUCCUUCGACUUCACCGGGCGCUGGAGUUCAUCAUGAUGUUCAUGGAGUCGCUGAUCGGCGCGCCCGAUUGCGGGGUCGGACAUCUGGCGCAGGAUUGCUACAAGAAAACAUUAGCCAGGUAUCACGGUUGGCUGGUGCAGAAAGGCGCCCACUUGGCCAUGUACACACUGCCCACCAAGUACCGGCUGAUGGAGCGCAUCUCCAAACAUCCCUACUCCGAGGUAACCGACAUUGCCCGCCGUAUGACCGAGGCCAUGCGGCCUGUCUUCGAUCGCACCCAGGAGUUGUACACCGAGUUUAAACUUCACGAUUUGCCUUGAUGGGAACAUCACUACUGUACCGUUUUUGUUACGUAAUCAAAACUGGGCAGCUGUUUUACGUUCAGUGUAGUUCUGUACUUUUCUGCGUACCGGUGCGCUGUGCCAUGACGUGAAUUCGAUUCCGGGUCCAUUCCGUUGCGUAGUAGAUUUUUACAAUUGACGCUAUACGAACAACUGUGUAAAUUAUCGAAAUGCCGGCCAUUCGCCUUCUUCCGGUCCGAUUAAAUUAUUUUUUUAUAUGACUCACCUGUUGUCGUUUUUUUCCGCCGUGAUUUCUGGUUUCUGUAGUUAAAUAUAAUUUAUUUGCAUUGACUACCUUUGUAGUUUGUAAUGGUAUUGUGAUCGACGAAGAAAAGAAAGUAAGUUUGGAAA